AUGUCGAACUACACCAAAAUAGACCAGGACCAGCAUGAUGUUAACAAUGAUGAUUUUCUCAUAGAGCCAGAUGUCGAGCCCGCUAAUACAACUAACAGCAAUGCGGCCCAGACCCAAGAUAAUGCAGCAAGUGCAUCUGGAACCUCUGGAACGUUCAACUUUGCGAAUUUCGUCAAUCCUCAAACGUAUCUUGAUCCCAUACUAGAAAGCAACAAUGUUGAAGUUCGUGAAAGGCAAUUCACCGGGGGAAACACUUUGGACGAGUCUGUAGUUACAACACUCAAGCGGGACCUCUCCAGCAUAUCAGACAAGCUUCUCUCGAUACUUUGGCCGCUCAGAUUGAGGCAGAAGUUGAAGAUUUUACAACAUUUCUCAGGCUUGUCGCAUUCAGGCUUCAAUACCGAUGAGGAGGAGCAAUCGGGCUCUGGAUCGAGGGAUUACUCAAAGGAGGCACUCAAGAAGAUCCUCGACUGGGAUUUGUGGGGACCGCUAGUGAUAAAUCUUGGCUUUAGUCUCAUCAUUACUUAUCUUCAGACUCGAACUUUAGACGAUAUGUCUAAAAGCAAAGUACAGCCCAGCAGCAUCUUCAGCGGAGCCUUCACGCUCAUAUGGGCAUCUCUUGCUGUUCUUUCGUUGAACAUCCAGCUCUUGUCCCCCGUUAAACAGCAAACUGAGGAUGGUGGAACCACUUCUGGCAUUAUUGGUGUUUCUUUCUUCCAAUGCAUCAGUAUUCUUUCCUACACGCUUUUUCCAAUUGUGCUUGGUGGAUUAAUUUCCAUAUUUGUCAAGUUCAAGCUUGUCAGAAUGGUUAUAACCAUACUCAUGUUGUUGUGGUCGCUUCUUUGCUCCUGGCUCAUACUUGCAAUUAUAAAUAAUUGCAGGACCCCGGCAGCUACGCCACAGUUUCUCUAUGAUGCCGUUACCGAGCCACAGACAGGCUCUGAUGGUGAUAAGCGCAUCUUUUUAAUGAUCUACCCGAUAUUCUUGGUGUAUGGACUUUUCUCCUGGUUCAAUGUGAUUAUUUGA